AUGUUUUCAUUCCGAACAAGCCUCCAGCCUGCAUUGUCUGCGAAGCCCAGCGCUAAUCACGCUAGCUUUCUGAAAUCGGUCUUGGGAAAACGCAAUCGAACCACAGGCCCUAAUCGAGCUCCUUGGAAACCAAGCGCGUUCCAUCCUGUCACUCUCAUCACUGCAACAUUGAUAGCUUGGGCUUUUAUUGCCGUCCUACAAGUUCUGCUUAUCCGUAGCCAGAAUGAUGGAGGAAUCAUCUUCGCAACUACGAUCGAUGACAUACCACUCGGACAGUCGUUCGCUUAUCUGUAUCUGCCAACGAUCUUUGCCCUUGUCUUCAGCAUUUUCUGGGCCUGGAUCGACCUCCAGGUGAAGAGAUUUGAGCCUUAUCAUCAGCUUAGCCAACCCGAUGGCGCCUGGGGCAAGGAUAGCUUGCUGAUCAGUUAUCCUUUUGACUUUCUGCCUUUUGUUCCAUUCAGCGCUUUCAAAAGCCGCCAUUGGGCUGUAUUCUGGGCUAGCUUGUGUGUCGUUUUCGUCACCUGGGGCGUUGUGCCUCUCCAAGCCGGCAUAUUCGCCACAGAGACGAUUACUCGUACUUCCGCCGCCACAUUCGCACGAUCUGACGGCUUCAUGUCCGCGAAUAAACAAAUCCAGAAUAUCGACGGCCGCUACAUUCAGUCGGCCCACGGGAUCAUAUGGUUAAACGAGACCCUUCCUCCAUACAUGACCCGCGACUACGUUCUUGCACCAGUUCGGCCGAAGGAUGUCGUUAGUGACUUCGCCUCAAACCUAACGUGGACAUCGGACACGAUGCUGUACAGUCUAGAUAUGAAGUGUGAAACACCCACCGUCAAAGUCAAGAACGAGACCACUUUCAGUGGAGACAUCAACGCUGGAUUUGAAACCAUACAAACAGCUGCGUACAUGAGUAGCAACGGCUGUGGCUUCCCUACGGAUUACUACAAUGCGCUCGGUAACGAGACUAUCGGCCCAAACCCAUCAUUCAGCAAUCAGUCCGUAUACGAUACGAAAGAGUUCGCUUCCGUAUAUAUCGGCUACUAUCGUACCGAUUUCGCCUCCUGGUACCUUGAAGGCCUUUGUCCUGAAACAUCUAAUCACACGUUCAUGGCGAUGUUCACUCGGAACAAGAGAUCUGUCAACGACAAGCCACAGAACGUAACCAGACUGUACUGCACGCCAGCCUACUAUCAACAAGAAGUCACUGCGAAUAUUCAUGCUGUCACGCGACGUCCAGUCAACAUAACAGCCAAAGGAGAGAAGGUACCGCUCCCAGCCGAGAAGUGGAAUACGACUUUCUUCGAGUACCAGAUGAACACUGGGAACAGUGACGUUGAGUCUCCUAAUGCACUACCACUCAAAUAUUGGCCCGACCAGCUUGAAACAGUCUCGGCAUUUCCUCUCAGCCUAGGAUCGCAGGGUACAAUCCUUAGUGACAUGGCAGGAUUCGCCAUCGGCGCAUCUAAUCAUACUCUGGACGCGCUGUUAGACCCAGAAGCGCUAGGACGUGCAUAUGAAGCAGCUUAUCGCAUCAUCUUCGCACGAUCUAUGGUAGAGAUUCUGGAUCAGGACUUCACAGCCUCAACUACCGUGAAUGGAAGCACCGAAUACAGGGUCGUGGCUGUCGUUGUCGUUCCGGUUUUCACUUAUAUAGUGGAAGGUCUUUUGGGAUUCAUUUCUAUGUGUAGCAUCGCCCUUCUUGUCAUCUCUCUUCGUCGGCAAUGGAGCUUACAGUCUGACCCGGCCACGAUCUCUAGUGUCAUGGCACUGGUCUCCGAUAACCCAGCAUUACUAGAUGACUUUGCCAAACUUGAUCGUGCGAGCAUGGAAGACUUUCAGGCACAUUUGAAGGAUAAGAAGUUCCUGCUAGAGCGCAGUGAGCGAGGCAAUACGAUUACAGAAGCGGAUAACUUCGAUCCUUUGGGCAUCCAUGCUCAUGGUGCAGUCCGUACCGAUUCGGAAGAAUCUCAGGCACCAACGCCAGUUCGCCCGAAAGAGUUUCGCUCCUUCAUGGUAACACCGUUCGUCAGCCUAUUGGUAGCUCUUGCAAUCACCCUUGGAGUCUUACUACACCAAAGUCUGCCUCAUGGUAUCACUAGACCCCCGGACACUGUCAUUCGCCAGCUCGUUACAAACUACGUUCCCACUGCUCUCGCGACACUGAUUGAGCCUGUUUGGAUUUUGAUCAACCGCUUGUUGUGCCUACUUCAACCACUCGAAGAACUCCGUGGAGGCAAAGCGACCGCGCAGAAGUCGAUUGAUGCCAAUUACAGCUCUCUCCCGCCACAGCUUGUGGUGCUCGGGGCACUACGCUCAUCCCACUUCAAGCUUGCUGCGGUUUGCUUAAUGGCGCUUCUUGCCAAUGUACUCGCAGUUGCUUUUUCCGGGGUAUUCAAAGAGCGUUCCGUAACGGUCCCUAGUACGAUAUCGUUCGCGCCACCCUACGAACACAGGUUCGUGUCGAUCAACGGAAGCGUGGGGCCGAACAUGCCAUUUCAAGAGCAAGUAAUGUUGAGACCCUCUGGUGCUUAUACCGGAGGUUUAGGUUCCAACCAGUUUCUAGUAGCUGAGUCCAACUACACUGCAGGAACCCCGCUACCAGCAUGGACUGACGAUCGAUUUAUGUACAUGCCAUUCGUGGACGAGGAUCACCCAAGCAUCGGCAUGGCAGAUGAGGUUCAUGCUCGAACAACAGCCAUUGGAGCAAACCUUGAGUGCCGGCAGAUCGAGGCCCCGAAUUGGAGAGCGAGCUGGUUCAGCGAAAGGUUCGGACAAUCACUGUCUAACAUCUCUGUGACUGUGAAUGGCAUUACUUGUGCAAGAAAGGGUAUCGUAACGUCUCUGAGCCCAAACGAAGUUGAGGUUGGAGGCUCCGCAUGUCAAACUGGCAAAGUCGCCAUGGAAUUCAGCGGAAUACUGGAGGCGCGUCAAAACGCUUCUUCAGUCGAGCGAGAUUUCUGUGCUCGACUGGCUGUGCUUGGAUACAUCCGAGAUGCCGAUAUUUGUUCACGCAACGCGACAACCAAUUUCAAUGAGAAAAGCGCUAUCUUCUUCGGGUGCCACUCUGGGUUGGUUGGCGGCGAAGCGGAUGUAACCAUCACCAACGACGGGCGAAUACAGAAUGUCUCGCAGGCAAAUGUUACUUCGGAUCUGUCUCCAGAGUUCCUAGGCCGACACUUUGAAAAUGACGCAUCGAACCUUUUACAUCAAGGAAACGCCUACCUUCUAGCGCGAUUUGCGAAUCCAAAGUGGCACAACCAAUCGUACGCUGGCGACUUCAUGAACUAUUUUAUGAUCAAGCAGAGCAACAGUAGCCAAAUGACGGACCCAAACCAGUCUCUGCCCUCACUUGAUGAGGUGACACGGAACCUUUAUCCCGUCUACAGCAAACUGUUCGCGAUUUGGCUAGGAAUCAACAAAAGAAAGCUCCUAGUUCCACGCCAGAAAGACUCCGCUUUUCUCAUGGAGGGUCUGGCGAACGAACGGCAAACCCGAAUCUUCCUGUCCAUGCCGCUAUUCGUUGUUGCCGAGAUUAUCCUGGGCAUCUAUGUUGUAGUUGCAGUAUGCAUCUACCUCUGGCGGCCGGGCCGCUUCCUUCCGCGCAUGCCGACAUCAAUAGGUGCCAUUAUAGCGCUAUUCGCAGCGAGCGAGGCCGUGCAGGACAUGCGUGGGACUAGUUUGUUGACGAGCAAGGAGCGGAGGAAGCACCUAGAGAGCUUGGGUGGAACGUAUGGCUACGGGACAUUCAUAGGCGCAGAUGGGAAAUUGCACGAAGGUGUUGAGAAAGAACCGCUUGUAGAUGCCGUGCCGCUCCCGGGUGUACUUGAGAAAGUACAGACGGGCUUCUCCUCGAAGAAAUCGGUGUUCAAACGAGAUAGGGGUUGA